AUGAAGCUCUUCACCAUCAGCGGCGCUACCACGCUCUUUUGCAUUCUAGCAAUAGUCACAGCAAUGUCAGAUUACCAGGACCCGGCACUUUCACCAGUGCCCGAUCAGAAUAGUGACUUCAUAUUUAAUUGUCCAAGUGGGCAAACGUACGUCAAAGAUUAUCUCAUGAGAGUAGUUCGGGGCGCCAGACAAAUUAUGAGUAACCCUCACUUACACAAAAGUUAUCCUUAUCAUUUCAAUGACAUUCUGUACAACAUCGACGGACAACAGUGGUGUUAUCCUCUUUUUGGUAAUGAUUUAAUUCAUGAUUAUGUCGUGUUCAACACAAACAAUGAAAUAGCGGGCGUAGCUCACCGCAUGACCUUCAAUCGUGAAGAAGACGAAUUCGAAGCCUGUCAUUUUAUAUAA